AGUUCGAAGUAGAAAAUCGGUGAUGUAACGUAACCGCUCCGUCGACUAGUAAUCGUGUGUGUCGCGCGCGCGAAAUAAAUCUACUCUACUCACAGAGAUUUCGUGGUCAUCAUUUCUUUUUGCGAACGAAAAGCAAACCGGAAGUUGUGUAAGGUUUUAACGAACGAGGCAAAAUACGAGUGUAAAAAAUCUUGUGAGUUUUCCAAAUAAAAAAAAGAAAUUUCAAACGAAUAUCUGCAGCAAGUGUGUCCAGGUGGAAUGGAAAUCAUCCGCACAGACAGUAAUCUAUUAACCGCGAUUUUGAAAUUCUAGUUCAUGGUGUUUUUUUUCUGGAUUUGGUUCUAUUCGCUUCAAGAAUAAAGGGAAAAAAAUGAGGUUGGAUGGUUGCGAUUUAAAGUUGUAAUGAACGAAUGAAUGGGGAAAAAAAGUCGUAGACCGCACAUUGAAUGAGGUUUCGUUUUUCUCAUUCUCAUCCAGCCUAGAAUUUACGGCUGAAAUAAAUUUUCUGUUACAUUCAACCGUACACCGCGUUGUUCAGCAUCCGCAAAUCCAGUUGAAGUGAAGUAAAACAACGAACUAGAAGAAAGAAAAAACACACCAACUAAGCUCAAGUGAAAUGAAAUAAAAACACAAGCAGCACGUUGCGAACGGUCAGUGAAUACACGAUUCGAUUUAUUUCAUGCCUAUGAAUUUGAAUGCUUUGCACAACGUAAGCAAAUCGCAACAACGCUAAAGGAACAAUCGCAUCGUUCGAUAAAUAGAAUGGCAUAUCACUUUUUUGCUUGAGGUACAAUGAUUUACGUGCCGCAUGUAAUGGACAAAGCUUGAAUCACAGACGCGGAAAAAAGAGAGAGAACGGAUAGAGUGGAGAAAAAAAGCAGCAAUCUCAGAUUCACUCUUGUUCAUUCGAACAGGUGUACUUCACGCAUGAUAAUCCCAACGGAUUUACUUUGGUUGUAGUUAAGACCCGCUUAUCGCCAAUCACGAGCAAAAAUCGCCUCGUCUCUCUCCUCGAUUAUUGUUUAUCUACUUGAAAUAGGACCAAUAAAUCGUACCGCACCGAAUACAUUUACGAUCUACCAUUAACAUAUUCCAUGCAAUUCCGUGUGUAGUAUUUUAAGCCAAACAAAUCGUGGUUCAACGUGUGUAUCGUUACAAAAAUAAGUAUUUAUAUACAUUUACUUCCACAUUUCUCGUUAAUGAAACGCAAAUAAUUAUCAUUUUUAUGCCGAGCAUAUAAAAACGGAAACAUUUGCAAAACGAGCAAAAGAGAAAAAUAAUCGUCGAAAAAAAAAAAUACGACGGCGAUUGAGAAAUAAAAAACGGUACGUUUCCUCGUGCGUAUCGAAUAAGAAAUCUCGUUAGAAAAAAAGGAGAUUUGCGGUGUGAUUAAGUUAAUCGCGAUUCAACAAACAAGUGGCCACUUUUGCAAAUAAAAUCAAUGGAAUAAAUGAGGGGAUUUCGUUUUGUUCAAACAAACUGUGGUGCUUAAGAUUUACUGUUUAUGUUGCGUGCAGUGGCACUGAAUGGAAUGAAAAACAAGUGCCCACGCCAGAGCAACAACACGGUAACAAAAACAACAGCAACAACAACGAAAAAAAUGAGUGCAAAAUGAGAGAAACCCACUAAGAAAAGUUCAUGAGUGACGUGUUGAUUUUGUGAUUUUUCUAUUCAAUCGAAAGAAAGAUGAAAUCGGAUUUGUUAGAGUUUUCAAUGCUCAUAGACCGCUGUUUUCAGUGAACAAACACAAACACCAUCUAAAAAAGUAUCUGCACCGAGUCUACGUGUGUCUGCGUUCGUCUGUGUAUUUUCGACAUUUCAAAACGACCGCACACGAAAGAAAAACUCCAGCAACUGAAUGAAAAAAAGGGACAAAGGAAUAUUCAGCCAUGUGUGACUAAUUGAUGGACUCAACGAUUAUCGAAAUUUUUUUAUUGAUUUCUUUUUUUGUGUGUGUGAUUCAGUGUGUAUGUAUAUGUGCUUGUGCUGUGCAUCAACGUCGGCAACAGACUCAGCUGCUGUUGAACGCGGGUGCUGGUAAUUUUAAUUGCUCUUCUGUGUUCAAAACAGUGCACGUUCCAAUUUAAAUCGAUUGUUCCACUAGUUUUUUUUUAUUGUUUUUUUUUGCGCUCAAUCUUCCGUUCGGCAAACGGUGACGCUUAGGCUGAUUUCGAAAAGAGAGUUGAAAAAAAAACACACAGCAGCAUCAGCAGCACAUCGACAAGUAUUUUAUGCAUGAGAGAAAGUUAUAAUGAAAUCGAACUAAAUUACGUCAAUCGUGAAAAAGGGAACCGGAGCAAUUACACAGACAAAUAAAGUAAAAAAAAGAGAGAGAGAGAGAUAGAGAGACAGGGGGUAUAUCUCUGUUUUUCUGUUCUUCUUCUCCUUGUUUCUAUUUGGCUGAAUCCGAAUUUGGAAUCGAGCAUCGUUAAUGCGCAUCAUCUAGACAUUCGUCAGUAUGCACUGAACAGCGAUUCUGCAGCAGCAAAAACGAUCAUCAGAUAAACUGAACACAUGCGCGCAACGAGAUGGCCCGCCAUCGAGACAGUAGGCAGCCUGGAGAUAGUGUGGAUUUUCCAAUGGCACUAAAAUAGUAACCAUCAUCCAGUGAUAUUUGAUCACGCUGUGCAAAAAUAGAUGGCCGAAAACAAUUCUAUCAGUUCGAAGGUUUUUAAUUAAAUUAGACAAAAAAAGUGUUCAAUUUAUUGAAAAACUCAUAAAAAAAAGCGUCGACAAAAAAAAACUAAUGGACACGAAUUCCAGUGAAAAAUUGGGAAAGUGACAAAAUUUGAUACAUAGAAACACAGAGUCGUAUGCGAGGGCAAACAGCGAGUCAAUAGAAAAGUUACGAACAAAUAUCGAAACAAUAAAUGUCGAUGGCAAAUAAAUUGAUGUUACAAAGUUGCUGAUGAAAAAAAAUAUAACGACCACACAGACACACACACAUCGAGAGAGCAUACGAAGCGCGCACGUCGACGUUGCUGGCGGCCCAAGUGAAUGCAUGUGUUACAUUGACUUGAGCGAACAAGUGCAACCCAAUUUUAAACUCGUGGUCGUACAGUGGACAAAAUAUUAUACCGAAUGUUGUUACAAUCGGCGAACAAAAACUUCUUAUCCAGCAAAAAAUAUCCCAUAAGCACAAACAAUAUAAAAUAAAUUGGAAACUGAAAAUUAACAAUAACAACAACAUCAUCAAAUUGCGAAUGUGUAUGAGCAAAAAAAGGGUUGCCAAAGGAAAAAUCGAAUAAAAAUCAAUUUGGUGGAGAGCGCCAGUGAGUUGAAAGUGUUGCGGGUGCCGCAAUAGAGUUCCAUCCCAUUCGUCGAUGUGUGUAUAAAACCAGCAAAUACAUUCAUUAUGAUGAUACUAAUAUAUCUUCUGUUGAUUUCAACGGGACUCAGCAGAGCCAGUAGCAGUAGCGGUACUAGCAAUAUAAACAAUGUUAUUAAUAACAAUAAUGGUGACAGCGGCAGCACAUCAAAUGCAGCUGCUAAUAACAACAACAACAACAACAAUAAAAUUAAUAAUUUAGGUGGCAUCGGUGCAGAUACCGUACAAUUAUCAUCACGUGUCGUACACACAAAAUAUGGCUCUGUGUCGGGUGUGAUUGUGCACUUGGAAGGACGACAUUUGGAUCCGGUCGAAGCGUUCAAGGGAAUUCCGUAUGCCUCGCCGCCAAUUGGAUCGUUGCGAUUCAUGCCUCCAGUCACCGGUGCUCUUUGGUCGGGUGUCCGUAAAGCUGAUCGAUUCGGUCCCGUCUGUCCGCAACGAUUACCAAAUAUUGCCAACGAAACGGCUGCGCUGGAGAAAAUGCCAAAAGGUCGUUUGGAGUAUUUACGUCGGCUUUUGCCAUACCUGCAAAAUCAAUCUGAAGAUUGUCUUUAUUUGAAUAUCUACGUACCCAUCCAAGUUGGUUCGAGGGAUAGCAGCACGGGUAGCGGAAACAGUGGAGGUAGCACAAAUCCAACCAAAUAUCCAGUGAUGGUUUUUGUGCAUGGCGAAUCAUACGAAUGGAAUAGCGGCAAUCCAUAUGACGGUUCGGUUCUAGCUAGCUACGGACAAAUAUUAGUUGUUACAAUUAAUUAUCGCUUAGGAAUAUUAGGUUUCUUGAAUGCGAAUACCGAUCGCAAUGCCAGAGCACCAGCAAAUUAUGGUUUGAUGGAUAUCAUAGCUGCUUUGCAUUGGCUACAAGAAAAUAUUGGAGCUUUUGGAGGCGAUGCGCAAAGUGUAACAUUAGCCGGCCACGGAACGGGUGCUUCAUUGGUCCAUUAUUUGAGCACUUCAAAUGCUGUGCCCGAAGCAUUACUAUUUCAUCGUGCAAUGUUACUAUCGGGAUCGGGUCUAGCGCCAUGGUCUCUAGUGAGCGAUCCAGCUAAAUACGCUGCCAUUAUUUCACAUCAUGUUAAUUGUUCGCCGGAUCUGGCAUACUCACAAUUGAUGAAAUGCUUGCGUGAACAAUCGUUGGACGUUUUGCUAUCAACGCCAAUACGUCAGCCCGACUUUGGCAACGCAUUUGGACCGAGUGUCGAUGGUGUUGUUAUCGACACUGACGAAAUGGGGCAAAUGGAAUCAAACCACUACGAUCACAAUGCACGGCAAUCGCAACAACGAGGUGGAAAUCAACAACAACAGCAAAAAUCAAUCAAUACACUUAACAUGAUUAAUUCGGUUUUGCUACGAAAAACCGCCCUCAGCAAAUUGUCAAGGUACGAUAUGCUCGUCGGUGUUACACGUGCUGAAGCAUAUUUUGCAUUCAAUUCGGAGGAUGUGCAGUACGGUAUCGAAGCGGAUCGACGUUCGAAAAUUCUGCGAACAUACGUUCGAAAUACAUACAGUUUUCAUUUGAAUGAAAUCCUAGCAACCAUUGUAAAUGAGUACACCGACUGGGAACGACCGAUUCAGCAUCCAAUUAACAUCAGAGACGAAACAUUGGAAGCUUUGAGUGAUGCACAAUAUGUAGCGCCUGCAGCGAAAACCGUCGAUUUACAUUCAGCCAAUCAUCGAAAUUCAUUCCUCUACGUGUUUGACUAUCAAACGAAGUUUGGCGAUUUUCCACAGCGUCAGGGUUGUAUCCAUUCCGAAGACUUGCCUUACAUAUUUGGUGCACCACUUAUUGGCGGGUUCAAUCAUUUUGCGAGAAACUAUACCAAAUCUGAAGUAUCGCUAUCGGAGUCAGUGAUGCUAUAUUGGUCGAAUUUCGUUCGAACUGGAAACCCAAAUGAGCCGCCGGAACCAGAGCAUGGUGGUCGGCAAGAGAAGAGCCGCUUUAAAAAUAUCGAAUGGACACCAUACGAAACUGUGCACAAAAAAUAUCUUAAUUUAGAUACGAAACCGAAGCUAAAAACGCAUUAUCGUGCGCAUCGUUUGUCAUUUUGGUUGAAUUUGGUGCCUGAUUUGCAUAAUUCGGGUAAUGACGAUGUUCCUUAUUCGCAUCAUCAAUUGGUCGAUGAUGAUACGGAUCGGCCACCUGUUGGGCCAACUGUGAAACCGUUAAAUCCACCGCAAGGCAAAGAUCCGGGUCGAAGCUCCAACUACUCACUAUUUACCACACAAAUGUUUUCGCUGUUGAAUCUUUCGUCACAGAAUAACAAAUCGAACCAACGAGUGGCGAACGAUUUUGGUGACGAUCACGAAACAAAUGAGCUCCAUGGCACCGGUAAUGGUGGCUCAAAUGACGAUGGUUUUGCCGCCUAUAGUACAGCAUUAAGUGUAACAAUUGCCAUUGGAUGCAGCCUGUUAAUUCUAAACGUGCUCAUCUUUGCUGGAGUUUAUUAUCAACGUGAUAAAACCCGGCUGAAUGAGCCCCGAAAUGGCAGUGGUUCAACGCAAAUAGGACACGGCACACUGAAUAGUGUGCUGAAGAAGCGCAACGAAAAUGGUCAAAUGCCAAAUAAUAUUUGUGGCGAGCUGGAAACACUUACGAUUCAUUCGAAAAGUGACCCGGCCACAAUAUUAAGUCAUCAUCAUGCGAUGCAACAUCAUCAAUUGCCACCGCCCGAAUUUGCUGACAUACCACAACGAGCACCGCCACCGCCCAAGCAUGUGAAAACCAUGACAAUCAUGGACGGUGGUAUGAGCGUAGCGACAGCGAAUCAAAUGCUUCCGGCCCAUGCAUUACAAUUAAUCGGCGCCAAUUGUACGGGAACGUUGCAGAAGAAAAGCUGCGUGAAAAUUAGUAAUUCGGCUGCAAAUAGCCAACAACAGCAACACCAACACCAACAACACCAACAACAACACCAACAACACCAACAACACCAGCAACAUCAGCAACAACAACAACAGCAGCAAUGCCAUAGUCAAAAUCAAAUGGAUGAACUACGUGUGUGACGUUAGUUGAGUGUAUUCGAUAAUACUAAUGCCAUUGACACUGUAUACGAUGAAACUGUAUUUUGAAUUGUUAGCUUUUGCUACAAGAAGGAAAGAAAAAAGAACGAUUUCCUUUUUGUGUUAGUGUUUCAUAUUGUACAUCAUGGAUUUGAAAUUGUUGCGCUGCAUCCGCGUUCGAUAUUCAGCACGAUGAUGACAUCCAAGCUUUCGAACAGGGUGUGCAGAUUGUAAGGUUCCAUAUUUUAUACAAUAUUUUUCAAACAUUGAACGUUCUUGUUUUGUUUGAUCUCGAUUUGUUAGUAAAUUUCGCAUUCCUUUCUUCAAGCUUACGAAAGCAAGUGUAUUUCUAUUGAAACUAUCAUAAAUGAGUAAAAAGCACUCAAAUACAUUAAAAUUACCAAGGAAAAAAUAAUAACACGAAACAUCAUCAUUAACAACUAUGCCCACAUUCAUGGUGGUUUUUCGUUCACCUUUGAGAAAAAAAACUCCGCUCUAAUAGUUAAAAUGAACUUUGUAUAAAUUACCAUAUGAAUUUCAAUAACCUGUAGUAUAGUGUGUGCGAGUGAGAAACUCGAAAAUAAAAACUCGUCUAGAUGUUCAUUUUUCAUACUUGAUAUAACUCAUGAACUGUGGUGUGCACGGAACAUUCGCGAUGCAAUUUCCAUAGCAACGUGAAGGCACAGAGAGGAAGAAAAAGUAGUCAAUGUGUGGUUCGAAAUAGAAUUGCGUAUCCUAUCGUUAACUCUUCACUCUGCCGAUGAUGAACUGUGCUGAUGAUAGUGGAAAUAUUAACCAAUCGACCAAACAGAAGAGAAAAAUUAAUAAUUAUUACAGCAGGAAAAAAAACCAUACAAACACUAUGUAUGAAAAGGUAAGCAUUUUUUGGAUUGUUACAUUUUCUGGCCGUUGGUUCGUUUAUUCAUUUUCAAAGAGGAAACAAAAAAAUUAAAUGUAAAUAAAUCUAAUUAAAAAUGAAAUAGUGUGUGAUGAAAAUUCGAUGAAAAGUUGCCGAGUUCCACAUUUUUCGCUCUCUUUCUCACUCUCUGAGAAGAGUAAAUAAGCGAAAAGGACUUGCAUGUACCCAUUUAACAUUUAACGAGUUAAAUGUAAACAUUUUCUACAUAUCGACGAUUCAACAACCCAAUAAAAUGAAAUGAAAAAUAAAAACACAAAAUCAACAUACAACCCAUUGAGCAUUUGACCGGAUGAAUUAUAACAUAGAGAAUUUAAUGGGCAGCAGACAGAAAAAAACAACAACAUCGAAAUAAAUUCGCAAUUUCUCUUCCGCAAUAAAUAAAUCUUCAUUAUAUUAAAACGAGACCCAACAAAAAUUGUGAUCUUAUUUUAAAUUACAAUUUAUUUAUGCGAUGAUUAAAUGCGAUUAUUUUGUACAAAAUCAUUUGUCGAAGGAAUUUUCAAUUGUUUGGUCAUCAGUGUGCGUCUGCACACACACACGCACACAUAGUGGAAAUUCCGGUGAAGAACGCAAUUUUAAUUGAAUAUUUAUGGUAUUUGUUUUCCGUUUCGUUUCUCAAAAAAUGCAUGUAUCGAAUAAAUUGUUCCGCUUUUUAUUUAGGGCGAAUGCAAUUUAUUUUAAUAAUCGAACAAAAAAGGCAACAACAACAGUAACAUACGCAAGUAAUAAUUAAUGAAAAGAGUCAACACAGCUCCAAUAUCCAGCAUGAAACUUCGUCGUUCACCCCAUCUCUGGGCUCCUGCCAUCAAAUUAAAGCGAAACACAUAAUUGGCUUGCUGCAUCCCAAAUGAGGCCCAAACACAUUUUCGGUGAUUUUGAUCCUCUGAGCUCAAACAAUCCAAUAAAUUAUAUCAAUUAAUAAUAAAUCAAUGUAAUUUAAAUUCGCUCACUAAUUCCGACUGCAGCUCGGAUGCAGCAUAUGCAUUACUGCCUCUGGGCAAACGGAAAAAAUACGUUUUUUUUAUAAAUGAAAAAAUGCAUUUCCGAAAAAUGCGAUCUCCGUAUUUUUGGCAGGGAUUGUGUAUUCGCUGCUGAGUAGGCCUAAGCUGAGCUAAAUUUGCUAACUCAGGCGCCUGAAGCGUUAUUUUAGCACAUUCACUGUGGUAAGAUGUCAUUGAUAUCAAAGAUCCAUGUAUGCGCUGAAAUACCGAUUCAGGCGCCUGAGUUAGCAAAUUCAGCUCAGCCCAGGCCUACUCAACAGCGAAUACACACUCUCUGAUUUUCGGUUGAGUAUGAAAAAAACAGCAAUAUCCGUUUGGAGCGGACUCGUCUCUUAGCUGUGAGGUCAUGCGAAUAAAAAAAAAGUCAGCAUUUUAUUUAUUAUUUUUUUCAAGUUCUUCGUUCCAUUCAAUCAUGUUGAAUCGUCUAUAAUUCGGUAAUACAUUAAUAAUAUAAAUGUGAAAUUUCCCAUUAUUCAAAUGAAAUCGAAAGAAAGUCAGUCGACUGGCGAAAUUGAGUGUUUACAGAUUUAUUGUAGAGUUAAUGUCAAAGAACUCAUAACAAUACAUUAAAUUUAUGUCGACAUAUGUGGAAACGUACACAAAUGAUUGGACAUGGAGGAUUGACAGUGGAAUCAGUGAAUACGACAAAAAAGACUGAAUUUAAAAACGCAUCACACAAACAAGCACAACAAACGCUUCAAAUAUAUCCGCAAUCGGUCAUCCAAUACAUUCCCCUUAAAACGAUUUUCCAUUAAAAUUGAUGCAAUAUACGUAUCGUUAGUUAAUUGAUGAACAAAUUAAUUACGACGAUUAAAGCUCUCGCACCACAUCCGAUUUGUGAUUCCAAUCCAAUUCGAAAAUGUGUUCAAUGCAGAUGAAACUCUUUGAAAUUUUGUAUGUUAAAAAAACCAAUCCGUAAUUCAUGUAUUCAAAGUUAUUGGUGUGCUCAUGGAACUCAUAGUUGACGAGCCAUGAAUCUUAUAAAAUGUGAAUGUUUUCUUCUCUGAAAGCAAAUAGCUUUGUACAAAAUGUAAAUACUAUCCUAUUUGUAAGGUAAGCGAUAUGUUAAGCUAGGUAAAUUUUCCAAAACAAAAGACAUGUACUAGAACUAUUUAGCGAUAUUUAAUGAUGAUUCAAUCAUCAUAGGAGACAACAAAAAGAAAUCAUCUCUAUUUAAACCCGAUAUUACUGUAAUAGGAUCAUAGAAUAAUAUUUAAAAAAAUGAUAAUUGAAAUUCGAUAAUGAAAUUAGACAUUUUAAUGGAAUUUGAAUUAAAUAAUCCAAUAUAACGGAAUACAGUCGAACAAACGAACAAGAACACAUGAUGUUUAUUUACAUGGAUGGUUUUAGGAUAACUAAAUAAUAACAUAAACACACACACAUACGAUCACGUGUUCACGGCUGAUUCUAGUGAUAAAACGUUGAAUGCAAGCGAAAAUGCAUCUAUUAUAACACGUUGACAGCAUAUUCGAUGACACAGAUCUCAAACAAAUAAACCAUUUGAGAAGAAAAAACAACAUACACACAUAUUUAAUUCAUUCAAUUUUACCAUUAGAUCUUAAAUUAAUGCAUAUUUAUCCGAAAUAAACGAGCUGAAUACUAGUCCCGCACAUAUACAUAUUUGCGAGGACGAACAGAAGUGCGACGGUGAUGUGAAAGUCAGAUGGAUAAUCCCUAUAAAAGAGAAACGAAAAGGUCAUAAACAGAUAAAAUCAUAAAAAUCCAAAGACAUGUUUAACGAGUUUAAUCGAUUGAUAUUAAAAUCAAAUAAAACAACCAACCAAAAUGGAAAUCACUUACAUUUAAGUAAAUUUAUCACUAUUUUAAUCGGAAGUCAUCGUUAUUUAAAAAAAAAUUAAAAAAAACUUCUAAUUAAGACAGGACGUACUAACGGGC